AUGGCAAACGCUAGUGACUUUUAUACUAUAGUACUUGAUAAUGAGUCUGAAAGGUUUAGUAUUAAUAAACAAUACAAGAUAAUACGCAAGAUAGGUUCGGGAUCUUACGGGUCUGUUUGCAGCGCUAUCAAUAUAAAUACGAACGAAGUUGUAGCCAUAAAGAAAUGUAGACAUGUAUUUGAUAAAAAGUUGAUAACAAAGCGCUGCCUCCGAGAAAUGAAAUUAUUGCAGCAUUUUAAUGGCCAUCCACGUAUUAUUGACUUGAAGGCUAUGGAUAUUGUUGACCCUCAUACAUUUAAUGAAGUUUAUUUGAUUCAAUCAUGCUGUGAUACAACAAUGGCUGAUAUCAUUCAUUCAAAACUUAUAUUAGAACCUGUUCAUUAUCAAUGGUUCAUGUAUCAAUUAUUUUCUGGACUCAAAUACAUUCAUAGCGCCAAUGUACUUCAUCGUGACUUAAAACCAGCAAAUAUCCUUGUGAAUGAAAACUGCGACUUAAGGAUUUGCGAUUUUGGUAUGGCUCGUGGUUUUACACAAUUUACUCCAGGCGAUAUGGAAUCGCAGUACAUGACCCAUUAUGUUGUUACGCGAUGGUAUCGUGCCCCUGAAAUUAUGCUGAGUCGAAAUUCGUAUGACAAAUCAAUUGAUAUAUGGUCUUUAGGGUGUAUCUUUGCUGAGUUAUUGGGUCGUAAAGUACUGUUUAAGGGUACAGACUAUGUCGAUCAAUUGCACAAGAUUGUAGGCAUCCUUGGCUUACCUAAAGAUACUUCAUUUUGGGACAAUUCAUCUUCAGUGACAGAAUAUAUAAGAAGUUUGCGCGAUGAAAGUGGCCUACCUCCUCCAGAAGAAUCGAUUGAUUUCAGUCUCUUGUUUCCUGAUACGCCUCCUGAAGCCAUUCAUUUGCUUCAAAACUUACUUUGCCUUGACCCUUCAAAACGUAUGAGUGCAAGUCAAGGUUUGGAACACCCAUUUGUUGCAGCAGUUCGUGAUGCAUCAGAAGAAGUAGAUUGUCCUAGUCUAUUCGAUUUUGAGAGCUUUGAAAUGAUUGAGAGUGAGCAUGUGCUUCGACAAUGUAUUGUUGAAGAAGUAAUGCGUAGCAAAGGCAUUGAAGAUCCUCUUUCAUUGCAUCCACAAUACAUUUCGCAUGGCUCUCAGUCUACGCGAAGAAGAUACACGGGUAGUUCAAUUAGUACACCAUCUUCUGCUCUUGCUACAGAAACCAACUUGAAUGCCAUUCAUUUAGCUCAACAAGGAAAGGAAGUUGUUUCUGCUACUAUAGGUGAUCAAAAUCAAUUCAUGUUGAUGGAAGUAGAUCGACUUGUCAAAGAGCCAGAAGAUAUGAGCGAGGAUGAUAUGAAAAUGAUGGAUAGUGAUGAAAGUGAAAUACAUGUCGGUAAAAGACGUACACUGAUAGGACCUUCUGAUGCAGACUUUAAUGCUUUAGAACGUCAUUUAAGUAGAGAUUGGUAA